CCCUAUCGCCUUUCUGACUGACAAAAGAGGGAUGGAUACCCUUUCCAAUAUAAUCAAUCACUCGCUCUACCGUCUUUGUGCACUUGUUUUCAGUGACGGCCUGUCAAAUGAAAUCAUUCUUUCGUAUGUACGUAUGCUUUCAAUAUACAGUCCUUCCCAGGGCGUUUUUCAAGGUACAUGUGGAAGAUGUUUUCCGAAAUGAACGUUGAUGGUAUAUAAAAACAAGACUAUAAUGCAUUCCUCUCUUCUCUCCUAUCUCCUCAAUCCCUCCCUUGUCCUGUCUUUUCUCCCAAUCAUCUUUCCUUUCAUCACAUUCCUUUCAACAACAACGACAACAACAACAACAACAACAACAACUUAACAUUCAAACAAAAUGCGCUUUCUAACAUUUAUCAGCCUGGCAAUGGCUGCUGUCUUGGUUGCAGAGCCAUCAAUGGCAGCCGGAUUGGAAAAACGUUCAAUGAUGCAAAAGCGUGAAAUGCUUGCACGUGAAUUGGCAUGGAGUUCAUUACCUGAACAUGUUCAAGAAGAUCUUGCAAAACGUGAUCCAAGAGAGUAUGACUUGAACUGGGAAAUGUAUUUGCGUGAUGAUGAUGAAGAAUCAAACGGUUUAGUAGCUCGUCAAGAUGGAGGACAACCCGGUUUGGGAGCCAAACAUUGCAAAGAUGGUCAAGUCGCAUACACUGUCGAUGAUGGUCCUUAUCAUUGGACUGGCAAAAUUGCACAAACCUUUGCUGAUGCAGGUCACAAGAUCUCUUACUUUAUCAACGUUCAAAAUUGGGAUUGCGCAUACAGUCUCACAUAUGUCAAACAACUCCGUAAAGCAAUCAGAUUGGGUCACGACAUUUGCUCGCACUCUGCUACCCAUCCUCAUUUGAACACAUUAACCUUGGAUCAAGUCAAACAACAAUUCAAGAUUGUGGAACAAUACACAUACAAAACUUUGGGUUUGAUUCCCAACUGUGCUCGUCCACCAUACGGUGAAACAUCACCUGAAAUCAAUGCAUGGUUACGUUCUCAAGGUUACCGUGUUAUUCAAUGGUCUGUUGAUUCAGGUGACGCUGAUGGUGACACUGCACAACAAAGCGUUGAAAUAAUCAAGCAACAGGUUAGCAAAAAUAGCGGUAAGAUUAUCUUAGGACAUGAAACUCAUCAACCAACAGUUGAUACCGUUAUUCCUGGUAUGAUCAAGUACUUUGAUUCAAUUGGUGUAAAGAGUGUCGGUAUGGGUCAAUGUUUAAAGAGAAAGCCUUACAAGGUCAAAUUGAACCAAUUCCCUGCUUUGAACCCAAACUUGAACUGUGUCAAUCAGAACGUACCCCUUCCUGGUAAAAAUUGAUCGAAGAUGACUCGUACCCUCAUCUCAUGAACAAUAGUAAUCACCUCGAUCUUGUCUUUCACUGUUUACACAUCUAGCUUUGUUAAUCCUAUCAUUUGUUUCCCGAA